AUGUGUAUCGUAGGAAAUUACUAUAGCUCGAAAGGUGAACAUGAAAAGGCAAUAUCAUAUUUUCGACGAGCAUUACAAGUUAAUAGGAAUUGUUUGGCCGCCUGGACAUUGAUGGGACAUGAAUAUGUUGAACUGAAAAACACUCAUGCGGCUGUCGUUUCAUAUAAACGAGCAGUGGAGAUCAAUCCCAAAGAUUAUCGAGCAUGGUGCGGUCUUGGACAAACUUAUGAAAUGUUGAAAAUGCCUUAUUAUGCGAUCUAUUAUUAUCAACGGUCUUCAGCUUUGAGGCCAUAUGAUGCUAGGAUGUGGUUACGUUUAGGAGCCCUUUAUGAGCAACUUUCGGUUCCACACGAAUCUAUAAAGGCUUAUAAAAGAGCGCUGCAAUGUACCGAUAUCGAUUCUAAUUCGAAACUUCAAGCCACAUUAAAGCUGGACACUUUGUGCUCCGAUAAUGACAA